CGCCGCGGACCCUGACGUUUGGCACUGGCCCACCUCCCUGGUCAGCCAGUUUGACCGUCCGACGUGGCAAAGGGUUAAACGCCAUGGCCCUUGACGUUUACCCCUGGAGAGCAGAAAACCGGCCCGAGCCGGCUCGGGUGCAGCCCAACCCAUCAAGACGCAGGAGGCGUCUUCCUCCUCGCGGCAGCGGCUACAGAAGCUCCGCUUCUCUCCUCCUCUCACCCAAAUCAACCCCAAAUCGCUUAUUCUCUUCAUCAAAAGUGUGGAUUUGAGCCUCCCCAUCUUCCUUGAGGAUGGCGGGGGAACGGUGGUACGACGGUCUUCAUAAAGGGUACGACAAAGAGCAUCGUGCGCGGGACAUUGAGAAUAACGGGGAACUAACACCUAUGCGCAUGAGGGGUCAUAGUGCCCACGACUGGCCGUGCGACGAGCGGUAUGAGCCAUACUUCGAGAGAUUGGGCCUUCUCCCGUUCGUGCUUCAGUUCAAGCGACACGCUCCGUCGAUCAACCAUGGGGCGAUGACCGCACUUAUUGACCGUUGGAGGCCAGAGACACACUCGUUCCACUUGUCAUGUGGAGAGAUGACCGUGACCUUGGAGGACAUGGCGAUGAUCAGUGGCCUUCCAAUCAAUGGAGAAGCUUUGACCGGCACCACCGUAAGUGCUAAUUGGCGAGACCGUGGUGGUACAGAGCAUUUCUGACAUCUAGGCAGACCAGAGCAUUUCUGGCGUCUGAUAUAUGACAAUUUUGUUGCACAAUUCACCACAUGGACAACUAAUAAGAA